AGCGAUGCUAUUUCGCAAUAGCUUCCUCUUCAACAGCUCUCGGGACAGAGACAACGACGUCACAGUUGUGCCCCGCGACCUAGUGGGGCAGCCACCAAUGGUAUCAUCACAUGACACCCCGCGGCUCGAGGCCGACAGCUUUUAGUUUUUUUCGCUCUUGGAAUUCGAGUCACGAUUUGAGUCGCAUCGCAUCGCAUCGCAUCGCUUUCACGUGGGCACACGCAGUGACAGCAAUUGAGCAAAUUGAGCAAUUGGAGAUUCCAGCUCAGUUCAGCCGCUCAGUUCAACCGCUCUAAGCACAGGUGCCUCAACAUUCAGAAGAAGAUUCAAAUCACGGCCAAAAUGUCUCCCCCCGCGGUGACCUCCAUUGAUAUUGCCUCCUUGCCCUUGGUUGCAAAGGGUAAAGUGAGAGAGCUGUAUACCAUCAGCGACUCUACUCUGCUCAUGGCAGUAACUGACAGGAUUUCUGCCUAUGAUGUGAUUCUAUCCACAGGUAUCCCUGACAAGGGUGCAAUCCUAUGCCAGAUUUCGGCCCACUGGUUCUCGGUUCUCAGUGAAAAGGUUCCCGAUCUGAAGCACCACGUCCUGAGCCUGAACCCCCCAAUGGCCCCUCAGAUCGUGUCCCCCGCUGAGAGAGCCGCCCUCCGAGGUCGAUGCAUGCAAAUUCGAUCCUUAAAGGUGUUCCCCGUUGAGGCCAUUGUCCGGGGUUACAUUACUGGAAGCGCCUGGGCAGAAUACAAGAAAUCGGGCACCGUCCAUGGCAUGCCGCAACCAGCCGGACUGCAGUGGUCUCAGAAGUUCCCAGGAGGUCCAAUCUACACCCCUUCUACCAAGGCACCAGCAGGCGAAUCUGACGAGAACAUCUCGCCCGAACAAGCACGACACAUCGUUGGCGACAAGUAUGCCGAUAAGAUCGAAUCAUUGGCUUUGAGACUUUACUCGGCGGCUCACGAGUACGCUCUGGACAAGGGCAUCGUUCUCGCAGAUACCAAAUUCGAAUUUGGACUGGAUGAGGAAACCGAUGAGGUCAUCUUGGUCGACGAGGUUUUGACCCCUGACAGCUCUCGUUUCUGGCCCGCGCCGGUGCAAGUCGGCCAGGACCAACCGUCGUUCGACAAGCAAUAUUUGAGAAACUGGCUUACGGAGACUGGCAAGAAGGGCAAACAAGGUGUAAGUCACUUUCGCAUGUUCUACAUACAGCCUCAGACGAAGCUCUCUACGCCCAAGCAUUCUUGGAUACUUGCUGUAUAAUACUGAUUUUAUUUUACAGGUUGAGCUGCCUGACGACAUCGUCCUGAAGACCCGCCAGCUCUAUGGCGAUAUUUUCCAGCGAUUGACAGGCAAGACGCUUGAGCAAUCUCUUGCAGCUCUUGACAACUAGGUUGCACGCGAUUGUAGGGGAUGACGCAGAGUCCGUAUCCGUUUGUCGUUUCAAACAUGAGCCCCUAUCAAUGAAAUUUAUCAAGAACUAUGGAGGCGAAAUAUUAGUCGUAGAAGAUAUUAGACCCGCGUAGCUGAGAAUCCAGAA